CGUGAGGGGAGGGCGAGAGCGGCGGCCUCGGGGGCUGCGUGUGGGCCCGGUCCGGGGCGGGACGGUGCCGGCAGUGCCGGAAGGGUUGAGGAGAAGGAGGCGGCCCCUCGGUGGCGGCGCGUUCUUAGGCCGCGCGGCUGCUCCUCCCGGCCUUAGGGAGGAGCUGGGCUGUGCUAGGGAGCUCGGCUGGAGUUACCGUGUUUUUUAAAGCUAAAACAGCCCAAGUUUUAUUAAUAAAUCGCCUCCGCGGCUCAGCUAUCCCGGUGUUUGACCCCACAGAGCAGAGCCCGACAUAGUGAGGGUAAAACCAGGAGGAUUUUUAGGGUCUCAGCCCGUCUUUUGUGAAUGUGGGGUUGAAUAGGGAAGGUUUUUUAAAGCUGCGUGUUUCUACUACUGAAUAAAUGUUCUUGUUUAAACAGUCGUUGCUGGCUCUGCCAGUGAACAAAGUGAAACAAAAUGUUAAUAUCACGGCUGAGUUCCCAGUUACUGAAGGCUUCGAGAAUUGCAGGCCACUUCUUGCCCAGGUCAGUGUCCUCCUUCCUGUGCUGUCGCUCUCCAUCUGCAUGCUACAGCACCCAACCCCCCAACACGAGCGGGGCCCAGCCCCAGCAGUGGCACACUCUGGACCCUGAGCUGGAGGAGAUCCUGAUUCCCAGGAAACUCUCCAUCAGCCCCUUGGAGAGCUGGCUGACAGUGAGGUACUCCCUCCCCAAAGCUGAGGGGGCUCAGGAAGAAGCGAGCCAUGAAAACCCCCAGCCCUCCGAGUGUCCCCCUCCUGCUGGGCCAGGGGAUGUGGAGGAAGGAGAGGGAGCCCUGGGUGACAAAGUGCAGUGCAGGAACGUGCUGAAGAUCCGCAGGAGGAAAAUGAACAGGCACAAGUACAAGAAGCUGCUCAAGAGGAGGAAGUUCAUCCGCAGGAGGAUAAAGGAAGGACGCAAGAAGAGGCGUCAGAUAAAAUUUGAGAAAGAUUUGGAACGUGUCUGGAAAAAAGCUGGAUUGAAAACUGCUCCUGCAGGGUGGCAAACCCCCAAGAUCUACCUGAGGAGUUCCAGGCGAUAAUAAAAAAAAAAAAAAAGGCACCUGUCACAAAUCUUAACCUGCAAUUGUAAUUAAAAAAACUAUUUAAGUAUGUCAGUGACAUUUAACCUUUUUCUGAUUAUGAUGGAAAUAGUAGGAAGGAGUUUUCCAAGGACAAGCUUUCCAAAGGAGAGGUGUGAGCUCUUUUCUGGUGGUUUGGCACUGCUGUCCUGUGGUCAUUGCUGAAUUUCUGAGAUCUCUCUUUGAGAUGAGACUGAACCUAAGAAAAAUCAGAUGUGGGAGGUGGGAUCAGUGAGAGAAUUACUGUUUAUAUGGCACAAACCUUUGGAAAAGUUAUUUUCUAAGCUGCAUUCUUUCAGAGCCAUACAGCAGAAAGGUUGGGGUUUUCCUGAGAGUUGUGGUGGGGUGGGAGUUGGAUCAGAAUUCUCUGGGAUUUACCUGCAAGAGCUUUUGUUAUCUCUUAUCUGGAGCCUUGUUGUGCACGUGCCUCAGGCAUUGUGUGAGCAGCCUUAAAAGGCACAUUUAUUUUUGUGUUUUAUUUUGUGCUAAUAAAAAAAUGGUUAUUUUUGUCUU